AUGACUGAGCAGAAUGAACCUAUGGAGGACGCUGAAAUGGCGGAAAUAGAGCGCCUGUUGCUCGAUGAACCGGCAGACACGGAGCCAGCAGCUUCGUUGAAGGCCUCUAUGGAGACGCUUGUCGGCACGGUGAAGGAGAUAGCGCACAAAAGUGCACUCCAGGUACGGGUGUCUCGCGAUAUUAUGUUAGAUAAAGUGCAAACUUUGCGAGACUUACCCGAAACCGUGUCAGGCCGCAUAAAAGAAGGCGUUCCUCACGACAUUACACUAAAAAUUGAAAAAAUUCUAAAAACUCUUUUCGAGCGAGAUUUUAAGGUUUUGGAGGGAGAACUUUCCAAAUUAAACUUCAUCUAUGAACGACUGCUAUCAGUGGACGCGCUCGUAGACAAAAUGGUCCCAGUGUCUUUGGUAGACUUAGUAGCACAAGCGGACCACGACGAUUGCUGCAUGCGCGAACUAGCGCAGCUGCUUCAUGUGGACACGACACAAGUGGUAGACAAAACACAACUCAAACUCAGACAAAGUGAACUCAUACAAAAAGAUUCACCAAAACCAACACAUAGUAAAGCAGUGUCACCACUUACUCAAUUUGAAUCCAUUCAGAAUCCACCACAGCCGGCAGCGUCGUCCCCCGCGGUAAUCGAGCAGCUCAACCGCUUCGAGUUUAAUACAGACUAUCUCGCCACGUUCGACCCUAUUGCUGCCGCACAGGGUGAGCAUGAGCGUGACACACAAACUCGAAUUCGAGGCUUAGGCAAGGAGCCGUCCACCGAACAAAAUGACAUAUUUCAGCUCGAAAAGAUGAACAAGCCGCCGCCGAGGCAAAGGGAAUCUCCUUGGACACAGACGGCACAGACUGCCAGGCUCCAAGGUGAGUGUAAUCAAUUUCCGUUGGGUUCAAUACAAGGGGUUGAAAUAGCUCGUAUGUUCGCCUCGUUGACCCUGCCCGACGUGAAUACAUAUAAUGACCCGAAUGGAAGGGAGUUCGGGGAUUUUCUCGCCCAAUUUAGGUUGAAGUACCAAGGGCUGAGAUUAGAUGACGACAUGCUGGUGCAUUUGUUACUUUCAAAACUGGAUGGGUUCCUCUCGGUCCGUGGCAGAGGCGCUACCCAGGACAAAUUCAAAGAGAAUGAGUCCUCAACACAAAUGAACGCCUACAUGAAGCUGAAGACGUUACGCAUGGAGGGGGACGUGACAAGCUAUUGCGUAGAAUUAGAAAAACUCACGCAAAGAGCUUACCCUGAAGCUUCUGAACAGGAGCUGUCGCGUACACGGGCCUCGGAACUGGUCGCUCAGUUAUCGAAUUGGCCAGAAUAUCUUCAGCUGUACACGACCAUGGAAGUAGCACCAAAACAGCAGGCGUACGAAAUGGUCAAAACAAUGGCGCAAAGGUGUGAGCGUAGCAGAGCACUCGCGACCGCAACUAAAAAGACGCUGGAUGCCUCCAAGCUGCGUCGUUCUAUUCCGGAAGAACGUAAAACUGAGGAAAAGAAUCGUCCACAGUUCAGACAAAAAGAGAGUCUACCUGCGCCCACGACCACUCAGAAUAAAGAGUAUAAGGUGCCAAUGAGCCAAAGACGGGUGCCAAAAUGUAACAAAUGCAAUGAGUACGGCCAUUUUCCACGGGAUUGCAAGAAAACUAAUGGGCAAGGGCCUAAGUCGAAAAUGGGCCCAAAAACAACCAAGGAUGCCCCACCAGACGAACCGCGCGUUUUCACUGCGACCUUCGGAAAACGGCUAGAUCUAGAGCAUAAAGCGUCUUCGAAAUGUGAAGGUCUAGUAGGGGAGCGAACUACGGCUACUGUGAAGUUACUAGGACUUACACGAGCAGCGCUCCUAGACACUGGAUCACAGAUAAGCAUAAUACCGCUCGAAAUGCUGCGAGCAGGCCAAGCAUCUGGUUUCAAUCUCGACGAAGACGUUGAGCAAUUUCCGUUGGAAAACCAAGCACCAAUCUUGGAUGCUUCUGGCAACAAAAUGCAGUUCGAGGGAGCAGUGAGGUUGACGUUGGAACUCGAGGAAGGCGAGAAGCGUCGAGUUGCGUUGUUCGUAAAGGCUGGAGGAGACGACACACUAGUUUUGGGAACUAACGCCCUGCGAGCUCUCGGAGUCAGCCUAAUUACGAAGGGUACAAAGGGUCAUACCCGCAAGCAACACCUCGGGCCAGCACAAUCCAGCCCCAUCGAGGAAAAACUCAGGCGCAAUACGCGCACAAAACGGAAGAAAUUGCCGACUAGUGAACGAGUCGUUGUCAGCAAACGAACAUACCUUCGACCAGGAGAAACAAAAUUGCUUCCUGUGCAGUGUACUGAAUCCGGGAAAGAAGGGAUUCUCUGGUCAAAAUGCAGUUUAGUACCGAAUAUUAUUUGUCACAAGGCAAGCCACUCCCUGGAAAUCCCCGUUACCAACGACUUUGCAGGAGCAAAAAUUUUUCGGGAGGGGGAGGAGGUAGGCACCUAUGAGCCGGUCAAGAUACGCGAAGCAGAGCCCGUGAAGUGUUACGGUGAUAUGCUCGAGCGUACGGCCGAUGUGAUCAAAAACCGGGAAGAAAAACUGCUGCGACUGUUGUACGAGAAUAAGAGUGGGAAGCAAGAAGAAGGUAUGGAUACCCUUGUGAAGAGCUACAGCGAUGUUUUUGCUGUCAGUGAGCAAGAACUGACCCAAACUACACUAGUCGAGCAUUCGAUUGAAACUGGUGAUGCAAAGCCGAUCAAGCAAAAAGCACGUCCGAUACCGCUAUCUACCCGAGUAGAACUCCGUCAAAUACUAAGCGACCUACAGGGGAGAAAAGACUCUGCUCGGCGUCGACAAUGUGCUCAAUCUACGCUACAGAUGUCAGUGCGGGCUGUUCGGUCAGAUGGCCCACGUAGCCCUACCAGGAUUGACGCACCCAAUAGC